GUAUCAUCUCGUUUAUUCGUAUUAAACGUGUAUGAUAAAUUGUGGAGAUAUUUAAAUGUUUUCGUUACAUUAUUGCCACUGAGAACAUAAAAUAAAAUGGAGCAAUACAAAAUCGUAUUCGCGUACGUAAUCCUGCACACGUCGAAGAUCCACGCGAAGGAAGUUGUUGUGUGCGACGGAGUGGUGUUCCACGACGUGUAUUUCGACAAGGAACUCCUGGUGACGAACUAUGGGAGGCCUUACAAUCUGGUCAUGCACAAGUAUUCUGGUAUCCUUUUCUUCAGCCACACCAUCCAGAAUGGAUCCUUAGUAGAUUUCGGGAUAACAGCGUGCCAUCUAGAAAAGAGCGUCUGCAAGGAGAUCCAAGGAGUUCCAGGUGGAUAUGCCAUUGCCUAUGAUUCUGGUAAUGACGAUAUCUACUUUGGCGGGCAUGACGGAUUGUACAAGUACAAUUUUCUAACAAAGUCAGCUGAGUUCUUCGCCGAAAAAGGCAAGUCAAUAUGGGGAAUAUUUAUCAGAAAGCACUUCUACUACAUCCAAUACCCAUCGCAGAGGUUAUUUGUGUACCAAAACGACAUGUUCGUACAAGUAUCAGAGGCACUUAACAUUGAGGUGGACAAUUUCUUCAUAUCAAAGUAUUUAGACAUUUAUUUCUCAAAUAAGACCGCGCUGUUCAGAGUGUCUAAGAACAAGAAGAUUGCAGCUAUCCUAAAUGAUGAGAUCAUAAUUCGGCAGAUAGUAGAAGACGCUUACGGUGACGUUUAUUUCUGCGCACACGACGGCGUUUAUUUUGAAGACAAGCCGUUCAGAAGACUGAAGAAGAUCGCGGAUAUUGAUCACGCCUUUGGCCUGACGUUCGACGAGAACGAUCAUGUGAUAUAUUCGAAUAAGGAUUCUAUAUACAGAUUGGUUCCUAGUAAAUAUGGAAAUCUGUGUUAUAAGGCGCUCAGUGUCCCGAGAGAAACGUCGGAGGAUGCAACUGAAUAAU